UGAAGCAUAACAGGCUGCUGGUAGGAGAGACCUGACAACAUUGUAUCAAAUAACCAGGUUACUAUCGAUCUGGGAAGAGAUCAACACAAAUGAAGCCAAUGGAAGAUAGUGGAGGAAACUUAGUUACCAAAGAGGAGAAACAAAGAAAACGAUGGGCCGACCACUUCAAAAAGCUCUUGAGUCGACCACCGCCUACAACUCGUCCAGAAAUACCACCAGCAACGGUAGAACUACCAGUGAACACAAGCCCUCCGACAAAAGCAGAAGUCCUGAAUGCAUUAAAACUGCCGAAAUUCGGGGAAGUAGCAGGACCAGAUGGAAUUCCUCCAGAAGCACUGAAAACAGACGCAGAGACAUCUGCAGACAUGCUCACACCACUACUGCAGAAGGUUUGGAAGAAAGGAAGGAAAGGUACCUUCCGAUUGUGAAACUCCCAAAGAAGGGAGAUCCAAGCCUUUGCAAGAACUGGCGAGACAUCAUGCUGCUG